AGUCUGCGAAAUGUGUCUUCAUCGAGGUUUGCGAUGCAGCAACGAGAGAGGCUGUUUCCUGUGUGGCGACAUUCAGACACCAUGGAACGGAAACGACGAUGAUGUAACAACAGAACAGAAACUCACCACUCAUCUGUGAGUGGUGAGUAACACAGGCCGGGUACGAUCCCAGCAACGUCUCCAACGAGUGAAUCCUAGGAAACCUCGGGCUUCACAAUCCCCAUCCAUCCUUCCAGUAGACGAUACUUGGCGGACAUUAAACCCCUGCCGCUGGACACAAGGCUCACACCGACGACCAAACAGUGCUCCUCGCAAGAUUUCUGAUAGGAGUGUGCCAAGAAUAAUCAGAAGAGUUGUCCAAGAGCCAAGGACCACCUGUGGAGAGCUUCAAAAAGACCAGGAAUUAGCAGAAUAAGAAAAGCACUGGGAAGAGGCGCAAAGACAAAUUUCCAUACUCGAUGACAUUACAUCGCAAUGUCCGAUCGUUUGGGGCAAAUAACCAAGUCCAAGGAUGGGAAAAGCAAGUACUCCUCACUCAGCCUGUUUGACAAGUACAAGGGAAAAUCAAUAGAAGCUCAUAAAAACUCAGCAGUUCCACGACAUGGCUUGCAGAGUCUUGGCAAAGUGGCCGCAGCCCGGCGCAUGCCCCCACCUGCUCACCUACCGAGCUUGAAGUCUGAAAACAAAGGAAACGAUCCCAACGUGAUUAUUGUCCCGAAAGACGGUACAGGAUGGGCAAACAAGCCGGAACAACCCGAUCAAAAGAGUUCUGUUGCAUCAAUACCUCAGCUGCCGGAGUCGCAGCUGCAGCUGGCUUCACAGAAGUCUGUCUCCAAUCUUCAGAAGCCACCGCCAGUAGCCAACCAGGAGAACACAAACACAGGUGGACCAAAGCAAUGGGCCCAGCUAAAUGGAAAGGCAGUCGAGCAAGAUGGUUCAAGGGCCUUAAACCGACUUCAGCCCUUCUCUCACGAGGAAUUUCCCACGCUGAAGGCCGCUGGAGAACAGGACAAAGCUGGCAAGGAAAGAAGCGGCUACGAUCCGUCGUAUGGGCCCGGACCAAGCCUCCGCCCGCAGAAUGUGACCAGCUGGAGGGAGGGAGGCGGCAGGAACCUCCAGCCCUCAUCCCUGACCCUCGGCCUGCCAGCAGCGGACCCUGAGGGCAAGCUCACUGCACUAGGGGAGACUGGCACCCCUCCCCCCAUCUCCCACCCCUCUUCCGUCACCAGCACUGCCUCAUCUAGCGUCGUCGUGACAGCGGCGGUAGUUGCCCAGCCGCCGAGUGUGGACACGAAGGAGCCCUCCCUGCGUCCCGCUCAGCCUCUCCGCAGAACAGCGGUCCCAUCAGCCCUGCAGCAUCAGCUCCACCACACUUCCAAUGCAGUCUACCAUGACAUGUUGCCGGCUUUUAUGUGCUCCAAAGAGACCCGUGAAACUUCAGGUACAGACCACAUCACCGCUACUGUAGCAGCACCAGCCCGAUUUGACAGCAAACCUACUUUUAGACAGACUUACUCUAAACCUGAACUUGUCAAUGGUGACAUUCGAAGAGAGAACCGAUUUGUACGCGCGCCGCCUCGACUGUCAUCCCAGCCCAUCCGUCGGCCCGGUGACCGAUCACAACGACCUGCCAUCAUUAACCCUGAGGACCUGAAGGAUCUGGAUGACCUGGACAAUGACUGUGAGGAUGGAUGGGCUGGUCUCCAUGAAGAAGUUGAUUACAGUGAGAAGCUCAAGUUCAGUGAUGAUGAGGACGAACACUCAGCCAGUGAUAAAAACAAGAUCUGGCCUGAGUGGGAAAGGGAGAAUCGACGCGACUGCCCGUCAUCCCUCAGCUCGGGUGAGUGCCCUGAAGAGAGUUUUUCUUACCACCACCAGGAGCCUCCGAGGAAGACCAGCAGCAGAUACCUCUCUGCAGACACCCAAUCAGUGAAAAACCACACCGAGCCAGCGAUUGACCCGGAAGACCACCAGCGGCAGUCUCAGCCCCCAGCAAGGGCAAAGUUUGCGUCGCCCGAGCUUUCUGAGGCCGUCGAGAGGGCCCGCAGGCGUCGCGAGGAGGAAGAGCGGCGUGUACGUGAGGAACGACUGGCGGCCUGUGCAGAGAAACUCAAAAAGCUGGAUGAGAAAUUCGGGAAGACUGACAGGCAAGCCUUAAGGACAGAGGAGGGCCUCAAAGAUGGAGAGUGCAAAGAAGCACCCUUGUCUCCCAACAGAGAUCAUAUUAAAGUGCACCAUGACAACUGCCAGUAUAAUGCAAAAGAUGAGUGCUCCUCAGACAACUCCCCGAGCCCUAGUUUCCGUGAGGAGCUCAGUUUCCCUGCCUAUCGCAGCAGCGAAGAUGAUGCCCAGGAUCCCUCCUCCCCCUCUGGGGAUUACGGCGGGCGCCAUGCUUCAAAGCCUGUUCCACCCCGCUUUCAAAAACAACCCCAACAGCACCAGCAGCAGGAGCAGGUCUACAAGAUGCAGCAUUGGCAACAGCCUGGCCAUCAAGCCUCAUCUGGCUUGAACCACACACAACGAGGCUACUAUCCACCGCAUGUCCUAGGCUUUGAUCCCCGUUGGAUGAUGAUGCCGCCUUUCAUGGACCCACGCGUCAGCCAAGGACGAUCUCCCGUCGACUACUAUCCUGGUCCUGUCCACUCUUCUGGAAUGAUGAAACCCCUGAUGCACCAAGACCGCCUGAACAGUCCCAGUUCUGAUGAAGGUCACCCCAACCUGCACCAGGAGCGAAGGCCCCCUUCCACUGAGCCAUAUCCUGUCUGGAGCCAAGAUGGCUACCCAAUGCGCAGCUUCACUCCACCCUACCAGAGGCAGCAUGAAAACCAGGACAACAGUCAGCUGGAUGACAGAAGUGGUUUGGCCUCCUCCCAACAGGGCACCUAUGAGGAGAGAGCCUGCGACGGUGGGACCCACGCUCAAGAGGACCACCUCCACCAUCACUCCUUUCAGAGUCGAGCCUUGGAUCGAGACCACCAUAACCAGGGGCUGCUGACUGGCGCUCAAAUUCACACCCAGCAUCAUGCUGAUAAAGAAUACCCAAAACAAGACUCCAGAGACCGCCAUCUGAAGGAUAGUCCUGACUCUAACAAUGAGAGCUUUGAUGCUUCGAAAGACAACUGGAAACGAGAUGGAGGAAUCAAUCCUCAAAGCCAGUGGUCCGAUUCCAAUACAGUACUCAGCCAGCCAUCAGAGACCAUGGGGCGCACUUUGACACGCAGAACUGGACCAAUUAAGAAACCAGUUCUCAAGGCUCUGAAAGUGGAAGACAAAGAGAAUGAGAAGCCUAAACCCGAGCCCGAAGAGAAGCCAGUCCCCUACCGUCUGGAGAAGGAAGUCCUGACCAAUGUCUAUGACUUAAAAAAGGAUAACCAGCCUGUCAGCAAUAGACACUCUGGGUCACCUGUUGUGGAGAAACAGCCUGAAGAGAGGCAGCGUCAGUCCCCAGCUCCCAGUAAAGUGGAGCGGCCUCCAGUAAUAAACCAAAGUGAGGAAUCCCCGAGAGAAAGCGUCUGGGACACCAACAAAUUUCAGCCACAAAGAGAUGUUCAGGAAAACACAGAGCCUCAGGCACCACGCCGCAACAACUGGAUCUUCAUCGAUGAAGAACAGGCCUUUGGUGGGGUAAGGGGAUCUGGAAGAGGCCGCAGUCGAGGUUUUCGAGAUUACAAUUCUCGGGGGGGAGGCCGUGGCGUCCGAGGCGCCUACAACAACAGUGCCGGUCAGGCUCAGCGUACAGGCAGAGGCCGAGCCCUCCCGAGAGAGUUGAAGGUGGAGGAGUUCCAGAGAGGCAAGCCACGGAGACGCAAUGUCAGUGAGACCCUAAGUGAAACCUCAGAGUAUGAGGAGCUACCUAAGAGACGGCGACAGAAAGGCUCUGAAAACGGAGAAGGCUACCCCGAAUCUGUAGAGGCUCGCAAAGCCGAUCAGGAGUCUUGGAGAUCCAACAAGGUGUACACGGAAGACCAGGCUGCUGCUGAUUUCAGAGAAAAGGCCAAGGUGAGCAGAGGCUUUGUAGGUCGCAUGCUGCCUCCCAGACUGAUCACUGGAAACUAUACUAGAAGUUACGGAGGCUCUAGAGAGAUGUCCACAUGGAGGGGUCGUGGUCCUCAGUUUGGUAGCAGUGGUGGUUCCAUGCAAGAAAAUGGUUAUGCUCCUGGAGCUGACAUGGCUUUCUCACGUAAACCCCCCGCUGAGCGUGAGUCUCUUAAGUACCAUACGAAAUUUACUGGCUCUUUUGUGGAAAAUGGCUCAGAGGAACGUGAGGGGGAAUACUACUUUGACCCUGACAACCCCGACAGGCAGGCGCUGAGGAGACGGCGCCCCCCGCGUCAAGACAAACCCCCGCGCUUCCGCCGCCUGCAGCAAGAACGCGAGCCCGGUUCCAACCAGUGGACAAGCGACGAAUACAUAAAUGGUGACUUGGCAAACCCCUGGCCUGGUCGCCCCAAAGGCAGUGGGGAAGACAACUGGCCCAGCGGCCCCUACACUGGAGGACGCAGCGGCCAGCACCCGCAGACAGAGGAAUGGGAGACUGCAUCGGACAACAGUGACUUCAGCGACUGGAGAGAGAAGCGCGGAGGGAGCGGUGGCGCACCUACGCAGGGACAUGCCGACGUUCUCUCGGACUCGUGCCAUGGUGAAGUGGGCUCCAUUGAGAAGAGGGAGCUUUCCAAGCGAAGCUUCUCGAGCCAGAGGCCACUGAUUGAACGCCAGAACAGGAAAGGAGAGUCUUCACUGCUGGAGACAAGUAAGAUGACACGGGCACCCGACAACCCACAAUCUGCUCCCUCAAACAGGAAUGACACCUGGCAGAAUGGAGGGACCUCUUGUAAGAGUAGGAGCCCAGAGGAGUCGGGCCCCAUCUACAUUAUUGAUCAGCCGGAGGAGCGGGAGCGGAAUGAGUCCACAGGAAAAAAAUUUGACAAGCCAGGACCCAUUAAACCGGACAUAGUGGAGCCACUUCCCCAGUAUGAGCUCCGUGCCUACCCAAUUGAGGAAGACGCUGGUGGACCUGUUUCGAAUCCAGACGCUUACCAGGACACAUUGUCCAAAAAACAAAGACGUCCACAGGAAGACGAUAGGAGGAGGAAGGAUCAAGGAGUUGCUGUGCCAGUGAAGAACAGGUCAGUUGCAUCCAAGAUACCGCCACGCUUUGCCAAGAAGCAGGGAGGCAUGAGCAUUGAACAACCAGAGGAUACUCUUUCCUCAAGUAAUUUGGGAACAGAAAUUUGGGAGACCAACAGCUCUGCUCUUUCAGUGCAGUCCUCAGGGGGAGACUCGUGGACUAAACAGGUGUCUUAUACUGGCAGCGAGCCCAACUCUGAGGACUCAGACGCAGGUCCAGAGCAGAGCAAAGAGCAGCACAAACCAGGACCCAUUGGAAAUGAGCGUUCCCUAAAGCACCGUAAGGGCUCCGAGGCGGUGGAUCGCCUGGAAGGUGGCCCCAUCACGCCUGUCAAUGGCGUGGAUCUCCACGUGGACACCGUGCUCCCCGUGCCCCCCAUUGAGUUUGGCGUCAGCGCAAAGGAUUCCGACUUUAGCCUGCCCCCAGGUUCCACCCCAGUGCCUGUGUGCAACCCUGUCAACAAGCUACAGGACCCCCUCACCGCCAAUACUAUCCCCAUGCUCCGCUCCAAUCACCUGCAGCCCAGCAUUAACCUCAACCCCCUCUCCUUUCCGAGUACUGACCUCACCCUCAAGAUGGAGUCUGCUCGUAAGGCAUGGGAAAACUCCCAGUCGCUUCCUGAGCAGGGCUCUCCCAGUGGAGGGACCUCGGGAGUGCCGCCUCCGUGCAGUGUGGGCUCCUCAAGCGGCGUCAGCUACAGCACUUUUGGAGGGGUCUCCAUGCCUCCCAUGCCUGUGGCCUCCGUAGCACCUUCCAUGUCCAUGCAAGGUAAUCAUAUUCCCCCAUUGUAUUUGGAUGGUCACGUCUUUCCUAGCCAGCCUCGCUUGGUUCCACCCACGAUGACUCAGCAGCAGACCUACCAACAAGCAGCAGCCCAGCAGAUUCCCAUCUCAUUGCAUACGUCUCUUCAGGCUCAGUUGGGUCUUCGAGGAGGUCUGCCUGUGUCUCAGUCCCAGGAGAUGUUCAACUCUAUUCCCCCCUAUAGGUCACAGGUUUACAUGCACCCCAACCUGUCGCAACCCAGCCCCAUGGUGCUGUCUGGCGGAGCUCCGCUGAAGGGGCCCUACUCGCCAUUCCCCGGCAUGCAGCCCUCAGACAUGGUCAAGUCCUCGUCAGGCUCACACUAUCAGCCCAUGAACGGCAGCCAGCAGCUAGUCUACGACAGCCAGCUGAACCAGGGGCCCAGCAUCGGAUCAUCACAGCUGAUGGACUCUCAACUCAUCCAGGUGACCAUGCCCUUGCCUGCCUCUCAGCUGCGCUAUGGCUCCGCCCAGCAACACCUCAUCCUCCCUCAGUCCAUUCAGCUGCAGCAAAGCCAGAAUCUGUCAGUGGGAGGGCCGCGACGGAUGAUGCCUCCUGGCUCGCAACCCGUUAUGCCUGGUAGCAGAGAGGGCUCCCAGUUGGAAAUGAAGGGUUUUCAGUUCUCUGACAAGCCCAGUCACUCACCAGGGAUGCCUGGGGGUUCUUACAGGCCUGGAUCUGCUAGCCCAAGUGGAAAGCCCUCUGGCCCCGGAGGCCCGGUUGGACCAUUGCCCACCCAUCAUUAUACACAACAGGUCUCACCAGCUCAGGGCGGCUUGGUGAUGCACAUGCGUCCCACCACCAGUGGCCCCUUCCCCAGCCCCAUCCAGAGACCAGUCAUGCAAGUCAACAAACCCGUCAUUAUCCGCUCCCCCCUUUACCCCAAUCCCGGCCGAGACCUCUCCCACUCUACCCCUCCCUCGGCCCCCGAUCUCUCCAUCAAGGGGCCCGAGGAUGGCAUGAAGAGUAAAAGCCUUCGAGAGGUGCGCAAAGCUGUGGGCGAGGGCAAGGUGCCAAUAGGGGGCAUGACCAGCCAGCUCCAGGAGCCCCUCGCCUCCACUGGGCACAUCAAGCCGCCGCGCACAGGCACAAUCAAACCCCAGGGGGUGAAAGUGGAAGAGGGCAAGGCGUAGUCGUGAAGAUUGGACCUAAAAAAAAUAGAUUUAAAAAGACUGGUCAUCACCACCCAGCCUACAAACACGCAAGCUCCUUACACAACGUCUGAGCCUUCCAACAAGCACCAUCAACAAUUCCUCCUGUUGACCCGGACACUUACCACGUCACACCACAAUGUAAGACUUCUAGAGAGAGAGAUAUAUAUACUGUAUAUAUAAAUAUAUACAUAAGACACAGCCUUUUAAAAGAUCUCCACACGGUCCUCUUUAAUUUAUUACUUUCCCCCUCCCCCACCUGUAAAUGGCUGCUUGAUGGUUCAUUUGUGCUCACCGUUUUUGCCAAACUAUCAACUGCCUGUUAAUGGACAGUCGUUUGGACACUUAAAACCAAUUCAAAUACAGUUGGGGCACUCCAACCCCAACCCCCCCCCCUUUUUUUUUUUUUUUUUUUGGUUUGUUGAUAAAAAAAGGUUCAAGCUCGUCAUCUGAAAUGGGGUUUUUAUAUCAGUAAAAAAAAAAAAAAAAAAAAAAUUGCAUGUCGACGUCAAAUUGCCAUGAACGUGUGGCUACACGUACAGAUUUGUAGAUGUUAUUUCUAAAAAGAAAAGAAAAAAUGUUUGCUUUUACACUCUUGUCUCUGCUGUACAAAAUGGUGAGAUGUUUUUGUUUUGUUUCCCUCUCUUUCCCAAAAAUCAUGUUGCUUCCACAUGAAAGUUGUCAUAAAUCUAAUUGUCUGAAAACGUUACACGGGACACAUUAUUUAAAGCAGAGGUGGGCAAACUGCGAAGUGGGUCCAUAUUAAGGCCUGCGAGGGAAUUUUUGUUACUAAAACGAAAUCGUGUUCAGAUAAAAUGGCAGACUAUAGGCAAAAGUUCCCUCUUGUUUUUCAAGAGUUUUCAGUCCACCCCCAUUAAGUUCUGCCAGCUUCUAUGUGGCACAAGCAAUAAAUGCAGCAAUCAGGGUCCAAUUAUGAUGUAAUAUUUCCAUCACAACCGUUACAAAAGGGGAGCAUUGUUGUUUUUUUGUGAAACACAGUGGAAAAAAGACUUGUAAUGUUUUGAAAAAAAUGUGAAAGCUUUUUUUUUUUUUUUUUUUUUUUUAAUUUUGGGACACUUGCAAAAGUCAUAGCUGGGUAAUUCAAUGAGUCUGGUUUAACUGUACUGUACCAUGAUACUACAAACGGAUUUAUCUUGGCGUGGUACAAAUGUGUGUGUGAGGAGACUGAUUAAACCCACAUUUAUUUUGAGAUAUCAAUGCUUAAAAAAGCCAGGGUGGGAAACCUGCGGCCAGCUAUGCAUUCUAGAAAAAAAAAAAAUUAUUAAAAAAAUAUGAACAUGUAAUUAAAGGAGCCAUAUUUUACCAAACCAACUAUCUAUCCCAAGUAUUUGGGAUGUAAGAUUGUCUCUCUGGUGCCUCAGUAAAAUGAAAUAUUAAUUAAAAUCGUCCACACAAUAGACUUUCUGAUGUUUUUCUGCUGAGGCCUGAAAUCAGGUCAUUUGAAUUUCUUGAGCUUAUCUACGUCACUAGCGGAGAUCUUCGCCUUCCCUUUCCUCUCCCGAGCCGUCGUCAAAAAAACCUAAGUGCUCUCUCAAGUGGGUCUCUACGAGGAGGCAACCAAUCAGAGGAAAAGGGGUAGUCUUGAUCAAAUAUGGACAAAGCGAUACAAAACUGGGAUCAAACUAAAGUAGCUGUCAGAGGAGCCUUUUCUGCACACUCGUAUAACAACUCGUGUAUUUUAAAAUGAAAUUGACACUUAUACUAAGUCCAUGUUAGAGAGUCACUAUGGAGGUCUAUAUUAUCAAAAUAUGGGACCUUUAAAAAAAGUAAUCAAACAUUUAAACGACAAUACAUUUCGUCAUGAACCUAAAAGUAAAAAGAAAGUUCCCCACCCCUGCUUUAAAUUCGCAGAAGGGACUUCCCAUUAAUGUUACUUUGUCCAAUUUUUGGGAGUGUUUCUGUUUUUUUUUUCCCCCUACAAAAAGUGCCCCACGCUUUCUCACCCGUACCAAAAAUGUUGGUAACCUAACUUUUUUUUUGUACUUUUAAAGACUAUUUAAUUUUUUUUUUUUUUUUUUGGUGUGUCAAAAGGACCAGUGCUUUCUACACAGCUGAUCCCAGCGUUCUAUUUAUCCUACCCUAUGAUAUGUUUUAUCCUUUCCAGAUUUGGUCAUUACUCGCCCUUGUUUCAGGGAAAAAAAGAGCUUAUUGAAAGAAAAAGUAAUAAAGCAGUCGUGAUUUCUUAAAA